CCAAACUCGCUGUCCUCACCCCAGCCCGCCCGUCGCCCUCUCCGCCCUGUCCUCGCCACUGCAGCGGGGGCAGCGCUUGGGCGCCGCCAGGGACUCCCCGCCACCCUCCCCGCACAGGCUGCUGCCGCUGAACCCGCGCCGCGGCCCACAGCGCAGCCGGGGACGCCCGGGCUGGAAGACGGGGACCCGCGCCUGAGCGUCCCCGGUGCGCUGGGUGCGCGGGCGGGGGCGGGAGGAAGGGGCGGGGGAAUUCCUGAUUCCCCGGCGGACCCUGGAAGUUGUCCUCAAAUAAAUACAUCGCCCGCCCGCGGUGGAGCAGCCACCGCGUCAGAGCAGCAUGUGGACUGGCUCGCUGGGUCCCCGAAGUGUUCUGUGGCUGCCGCCGCCGCCACCGCCGCCGCCUCGGUCAGCGCAGCAGGAGCCGCGCGGGGCGAGGAGCGGGGACGCGCGGCCGCCGCGUCCUCUGCUUGCUGCUGACCGCUUCUCCUCGGGAGGUGGCAGUCACCGUUGCUGCUGAGAAACCAGCCCGCAUUUCCGCGGCUGGUCGCCUGGUGAGGAGGUGAGCUCUGCGCCUUCUGCCCGGACCCACAUGGCUUGUUACCUGGUCAUCAGCUCGAGACAUCUCAGCAAUGGGCACUACCGGGGCAUCAAAGGAGUCUUCAGAGGACCCCUCUGCAAGAACGGGUCUCCCUCUCCGGAUUUUGCAGAAAAGGAGAAGUCUACAGCAAAGGCCCUGGAAGACGUAAAGGCAAACUUUUAUUGUGAAUUAUGUGACAAGCAAUAUCACAAACACCAGGAGUUUGACAAUCAUAUUAAUUCUUAUGAUCAUGCUCAUAAGCAGAGAUUGAAAGAAUUAAAGCAACGGGAAUUUGCUCGAAAUGUAGCUUCCAAGUCAUGGAAAGAUGAGAAGAAACAAGAAAAAGCACUUAAGCGACUUCAUCAACUGGCUGAGUUAAGGCAGCAAUCUGAAUGUGUUUCUGGAAAUGGACCAGCAUACAAAGCCCCCAGAGUAACUACAGAAAAGCAACUCCAGCAAGAAAUGUUCCCAGUUAAGAAUGGUAGAAAGAUAUCUUGCAUGAAGGGUGCACUUCUCCUUAAAGGAAAGAAUCUCCCCAGAAGCAUUUCUGAUAAACUGCGGUCCACCGGGCCAAAUCGACACCAGUUGCAAACAGACAGACGUUAUUUAUUUGGAAAUCGGAUAGCACAAACAUCUUCAGAUCUUAGCAAUGCAAAUCACAGGACAGGAGUAUCAUUUUCUUUUUCAAAAAAAGUGCAUCUAAAGUUAGAAUCUUCAGCAUCAGUUUUCAGUGAGAACACAGAAGAAACCCAUGAUUGUAACAAGUCGCCCCUUUAUAAGACAAAAAAAACUGCAGAGAAAUGCAAGUGCUGCAGGUUUGCAAAUGAGGAUACACACCUUACUAAGGAAAAAGAUGUAAACAUCUCACCAAGCCAUCUGGAAAGGGUUUUGCAUAAUACCUUCUCCAUAAGCUCUAAAAUUUUGCAAAACAAAAAUUACUCUGUUGAUGGAACACUAGAAGAUUCAAUUGGCAUUCAUGCUUCAUUAUCUAAAUCUAACAUUCAUCUUUCAGAUGUGGAUUUUACGCCUUCUAAUAGAGAAAAAGAAACUAGAAACAUGUUGAAGAACACUACAGAAAACCACAUUAAUCACCCAAGUCAAGCAAAUGCUUCAUUCGGCCCACCAACCAUUUACAAACACAGUGAUGCCAGAAUAUUUGAAUGCCUGGAUGAGUUUUCAUCGCCAGAGCCAAGUGAACAAAAGAGUACAAUGUAUCUGAAUCCAAAUUCCAGACUGGAGAACAGAGAAACAUCUUUAGAUAAAACAGAAAGAGUUAGCAAAAAUGUGCAAAGACUUGUAAGAGAAGUGACAUCCAAACCAUUGCCUUUUCUCCACGUACAAAGCAAGGAUGGCCACACCACUCUUCAAUGGCCUACAGAACUUCUGCUCUUUACGAAAACAGAGCCUUGUAUCUCUUAUGGCUGCAACCCAUUAUAUUUUGAUUUUAAGCUUUCUCGGAACACAAAGUAUGGCCCUAAUCCCCAGGAAUUAAAAACAGAACUGGGUGAGGAACCCUUGGAAAUGAAGAAUAAAAUAGAGAGUCAAGUCUCAGGUUUAAUAAAGGACCAACAAAAAUUGAUCCAAGAAGAUAAUCGGUCUCUGAAACCAAAGAUGAUGAUAGCUAAUCCAGAUUGGGAAAAUUUCCAGAGAGAAUAUAAUUUGGGCUACCAUGAUUCUGAGCCAAAUAAGAGUGAACGUAAUUUUAGUGAAAAGAAUUUGAAAGUGAAAACUCCUGAAGUGCCUGCUUACCUUGGUAAGUCUCUAAAGGAUUGUGUAGGAAAAAAUAACAAUAGCGAUAAUGAGCAUGAGGAACCUCCAGGGGCCCAUUGGCAAAGCUGCCAGAGGGUAGUUUUAAAUGAUGCAAAUGAGGGACUGUCUUUUCCUCCCUACAUCUCUAGGACUAAAAAGCAUAAACUGAUCCCCUGCGAUCCUCAUUCAGACUUUGAAGACGAAAGCCAAUUCAACUGUCAUUCUAGUCCUUAUGCAGAAGGGGACCACGGUGACCACGGGAAGGACUUCAGUGUAAUUUUGAAUAGCAACCACAUUGGCAUGGCCAGCCAUGUUUCUGGAUGCAGAAACCAAAGCCACAAGAGAUGUUCUCUAAAAUCAUCUCUGCAUGGACGUUCUAGCCCUUUGGACACAUCCCCUAGCAGCGGGUCCAGCUUGAGAAGUACUUGUUUGCGUCAUAGGUUCAAUGAUAAUGGCAGAGGUAAUCUGCUCCACUUUUGUAAAAGAGAACACAACUCCGCCGAAAGGCACAAAUGGAAACGCAGAAAGCACAAUGGCCUCUGCUUGUCUGAUGAGAUCAUGAAGAGCAACCGACUACAGCCCGAAACACAGAGAGAUAGGAACUGCAAAUUGUGGAAAUCAUUUAAAAAUGAGAAAUACUCCAAACAUAGAUAUUGUCCCUGCAGAGAGAGACAUAAAUUGGGCAAAAAUCAACACCAAUUUUCAGAGACGAAAUCUACUAGAAUCAUCCAUUGUGAUUCCAGUUCUAGUUCACAGGUUUCCUAUGCCGGUGGCAGUGAAAAAUCACCUCACUGCCAUGGACCUCAGCGCAGCAGAUUAGGCUCUUACUCAAGAGAGAGAAUUUAUUACUUAAAUAAAAUAAAGAGAAAUCAAGAGUCUUCGGACAGCUCUCACAUUUGUGAUCUGGGAACAGUCAAGCCCUUACAGUGUGACUCUGAGAAUGUCAGCUGCCUUCCAAGGACCUGUUCCAGGGGCCCUUCAGAAACCACUCAGUUGAACGUUACAGAAGGCGAGAAGACCCCCCAGACAGCCAAAAGCCUUUUAGAAAGAGUACAAGCCAAGAAGUGUCGGGAACAAUCAACUAAUUUUGAGGUCUCUUCAAACAGCUGUAAAAAUGAAUUAGAGGCUCAUUCACAAAGCCAGUGCACAGUUCAACCUGUAUCACCGGGCUGUAACAGACCAGCAUUGCCUUUGUCUGAAAAAAUACAGUACACGACUAAAAGAAGAAAUGACAAAGGCAGUGUCAUUCCAAGGACUACUGAGAAAGACAAAAUCAGAAGUUCACAGACAAAUAUUACCGUUUUAGCAGACACUGAUUGUGAUAACCAUCUUUCUAAAGGUAUAAUUCACAUAGUAACAGAGUCUCAGUCGCUAAACAUAAAAAGGAACCCAACAAUAAAAGAACAAUCAAAACCUUUAAUUAGUGAAGCCCAACCUUUUAUUCAAAGCUGUGACCCAGUACCAAAUGAUUUCCCUGGUGCUUUUCCAUCUGAUAGAUAUGCUGGCGUUACUGAUUCAACAGAGACCAAAGAGGACCAAAUAAAUCUAGACUUACAGGAUGUAAGCAUACAUAUGAAUCAUGGAGAAGGAAAUAUAAACUCUUACUAUGACAGAACUAUGCAGAUGUCCGACAAAGUGGAAGAUGAAUUAGAAAUGUGUCAUAAAUCUCUCUCCCCCCCUUUAAUUCAACAGCCCAUAACAUUUUCUCCUGAUGAAAUAGAUAAAUAUAAGCUCCUACAGCUACAAGCCCAGCAGCACAUGCAGAAACAGCUCCUAUCGAAGCAUCUUCGAGUUUUGCCUGCGGCAGGGCUGACUGCCUUCUCUCCGGCCUCGGCUGUACAGACAGUUCCAGUUCACCAGCACGCGUCUAUCACCGCCAUCCACCACACGUUCCUGCAGCAUUUUGCUGUUUCUGCUUCCCUAAGUUCUCACAGCCGUCACCUCCCUGUUGCUCAUCUACAUCCCCUUUCACAGCCACAUUUUGCUCCGAUCUCAUUUUCAACUCUGACUCCAACCAUUAUCCCCGCACACCCCACUUUCUUAGCAGGUCAUCCCCUGCAUUUAGUUGCUGCUCCCUUCCACUCAUCUCACAUAACACUUCAGCCCCUGGCUCCGGCAGCAUUUAUCCCCACAUUGUUUGGCCCUCACUUAAAUCCAGCCACAACUUCGAUCAUCCACUUGAAUCCUUUAAUCCAACCAGUGUUCCAAGGUCAAGAACUGUGCCAUAAUUCUUGCUCCACCCAGAUGCAACAGUUUAGUGGAGUGAAAGAGGCCUUAAAUGUGUCAGCGCACUUGAACUAACAGGUGUCAAAGCUCCUCUUGUGGAUAAAUAAAAACAAAUUAUCACUACCUAGCAAAUGAUACAUUGAAAGUGGUCUAUCCAAUUAUUAUAAGAUUUAAAAUAUUGCUGCCAAUUCAAAAUGUGACCAAUAUAUAAAUAUGAACUGAAUUUACCAAUAUAGA